GCUUAAAUCACCAAAGAAUGCAUGCAUGGCCAUUCACAAGUAACGAAAUCGUCUUCUAACCCAUCAAAUCCACGAGUAUGACCAAAGAGGACCAAAUUCAGGCGUCGGAUCGCUACUUGCAAGAUGUCUGGGUUCCUCGAGUUCGAGAUCAAGCAAAACGUCGUGGUUCCGGUGACUGCACAGAAAUUGAUCAAUGUCGUACGGUGCCUACAGAGUACUACUCGCGACAUCAGGUGCUGAAAACCGAAGGUCCGAGCUACAUCAUUUCUCCAAGCUCUCAAGGUCAGAAAGGCGCUCCAGUGUAUGCAUAUCGUCCAGGUACUACGGUUCAACAACAGAAACCUUGGCCUACUAGAGCUCAUGAUGGAUCAAUGGAGUCAAAAUCAAUUUUGAAAUCCCCAAGGCGUAAAACAUCAGCUAAGAAAAAGUAAUUUCAAAUGCACAAGCAGAUUUUACUCCAAGAUUGAUGUCUUAGGACCAUCUGAAAACUGCUUGUACUAAAUAUAUCAAAAAUCUUUUUAAUUUAAAACAGCACAUAAUUUUAACGAGAAAUCAGAAUGCUUACAUUUAUAAUAAAAAGAUAACAUAGGCUUGAUUUUUUCAAUUUUGAAAAUUUUGUUUGUUUAAUUCACGAUACAAAAGAAAAGUAGUAAUGAUUUGAGGGAAAUUUGUCCUCUAAAAGUUACUACAUGAAAUAGUAAAUUUAUAAAUGGACAGGGAACAUGUAAUAAAAAGACA